GAAAUAGAGAGAGAAGUAAAGAGGGACAUAAAAAGAGGGGGUGGGGAUAUACAGGAAGGUGUAAAUAAAAAUGUGGGGUGAGCGGGAGAUGGUAAGAUUUCAGAGAGACAGCCAGAGGUAAGAAGAGAGGGGGGAGGAGGGGUGGGACAGCUUUGGGGUAAGGAAAGGAGGGGGACCUAGCCAAGAGAGAAAAAGCCCAUUCCAUGCCAACAUCAGAGCUGGCACAAACAUGGCAGGAUACUUUUAGAUUAAAGCAAAAACAAGACAAGUAACAUUUAAAGCAAUUUGGGCUGAAAUAUUUAAAAUCAAAGAAGGGAGCCACAAACUAAGGGAAACAAAGAAAUAUAAAAGAAAAGAAAAAGAAAAACUUACGGUACUUGGGGGGGAAAGAGACAGCCAGGGUGUCUCUCGGUUUGUGUGUCUGUCCUCCCCCUCCCCGUACAGAGAGGAUUGCAGCCUGACUGCAGCUGAGAAAUCCUACAGGCUGGCUUGCAAAGAAGAUGGCAUGACUCCAGUUUUCUACCCUGACUUCCCUACAUUUUGGACUGGGUGUUAGAGUAAAAGCAAUUGAAGGAGAGGAGAAAGGAUCAGGAGAUAGACAUCGAGGCAAGCAGAGAACGGAGAGAGAGAAAAAAAAAGACAGAGAUAUAAAGAGAGGCUUCUAAAACAAAAAGACCCCCACUACACAGAGAAAGCCCGUUCUGUCAAAAGAACGACAGGGGAACGGUAGAGUCCCACAAAAACCCCACAAAGAGAAAGACAUUCCGAGACUGCAGAGACAUCCGUGCACAAUGAGACAGCCCUAAACUGAAGCCGCUCAAUCUGCAGAACCAGGACGCAUCAAGGGACAUUCAGGGAGCCGGAGACAUGUACUCUCCCUACUGCCUGACCCAGGAUGAAUUUCACCCUUUCAUCGAAGCCCUUCUGCCCCAUGUCCGCGCCUUCUCCUACACAUGGUUCAACCUCCAGGCAAGGAAACGCAAGUAUUUUAAGAAGCACGAAAAGCGGAUGUCAAAAGACGAGGAAAGGGCGGUGAAGGACGAAUUAUUGGGGGAGAAGCCAGAGAUCAAGCAGAAGUGGGCGUCUCGACUCUUGGCCAAGCUGAGGAAGGACAUCCGGCCAGAGUUCCGAGAGGACUUUGUCCUUACCAUCACCGGGAAGAAGGCUCCAUGUUGUGUCCUCUCGAACCCAGACCAGAAAGGCAAAAUCAGACGGAUUGACUGCCUUCGCCAGGCAGACAAGGUGUGGAGGCUGGACCUGGUGAUGGUCAUCCUGUUUAAGGGGAUACCGCUGGAGAGCACAGAUGGUGAACGCCUCUACAAGUCACCCCAGUGCUCCAACCCAGGGCUCUGCGUCCAACCCCAUCACAUUGGAGUGUCCAUUAAAGAGCUGGACCUCUACCUGGCCUUCUUCGUCCACACACCUGAUUCCGGACAGUCAGAUAACUCAAACCAGCAAACUGAAGUGGAUAUAAAGCCCCCUCCAAAUGGUCACCUGUCCUUCCAGGACUGCUUUGUCACUUCGGGCGUGUGGAAUGUCACUGAGCUCGUGCGCGUGUCCCAGACUCCUGUUGCAACAGCAUCUGGUCCCAACUUCUCGCUGGCGGAUUUGGAAAGCCCAAGUUACUACAAUAUAAACCAGGUGACACUUGGCAGGCGGUCCUUAACGUCCCCUCCUUCCAGCAGCUCUACCAAGCGUCCCAAGUCUUUGGAUGACAGCGAAAUGGAGAGUCCAGUGGAUGACGUGUUCUACCCCGGCACAGGCCGGUCACCUGCCGCUGGGGGAAGCCAAGCUAGUGUUUGGCAAAAUGAUGUUGACACAGGACCCGGAUCUCUUAAGAAGUCAGGCAAGCUAGAUUUUUGCAGUGCCCUUUCCUCCCAGACGAAUUCCUCUCGCAUGGCGUUCACUCAUCACCCUCUACCCGUGCUACCUGUGAGACCAGGGAGCCCCCGGGCAUCUGCAUCUGCUUUACACUUUCCCUCAACAUCCAUCAUCCAGCAGUCCAGUCCUUACUUCACCCACCCAACAAUACGCUACCAUCAUCACCAUCACAGCCAGGACUCUCUCAAAGAGUUUGUUCAGUUUGUCUGCUCGGACACAACUGGCCAGGGAGCAGGGCAGCCCAGCAGCGGGGCCCAGGGGAAAAUGUCGGGUUCCUUUUUGCUGCCACCCCCCGCACCUGUGGCCAGGCCUGUCCCCCUUCCCCUGCCAGACACAAAACCUGUCACCAGCAACACCUCUGUCCCAGAAGGAGGACUUUCUGCACCAGCAUCGCCCUCAUUCUCAGCGCCUCCCCCCGCCGGGUCCAACAGGUUUGUCACAAUUGGAUCACGAGACAGCAACUUUCUGAACCUCCCCCAGCAGUCUCAAUCCUGGUUCCUUUGAUACUACAUUACCGCCAAGCUGCAAAUCUGCGAGCGGAAGGAACAAAGAUUCUUGACACAGACCCCCCCCCCCCGCCCUCCACACGCCAACACCCGACAGGAGACUACAAGUGGACACCUUCAACACGUCUGGAAUAACAGAACUCUCCUCAUAAUAUCUACAAUAGGAAGAAAAAGAAAACCUUCUGGGGAGAACUUUUUAAACGUCUGAGUUGCUUAACAACCCUCUGGCGGAGAAGGGAUAAUGCCACUCCCCAACUACCCCACACUUCCCACCCCAGCCACCUUGUGUUUUUUUCAGUGCUUGUUCCCGUGUCACCGCCCUCCGCUUUCCUCCAAGAAUCCACCUGUAUAGAGACACAGGAAUAAGCUACAGGUCACAAUGUCUGUGCCUCGUGUCGGAGGAUGACUUAGUGACGGUCAGGAGAGAGGUAUGGGAUGUAUGUCCCUCCUGGUACAUGUGACAUGCUGAUACAUACCGGAAGAAGCUAUUGGACACGGAUAUCUUGUUUUAUAACCACAGGGGGGGCAAAAUUAUGUAAAAGUUGACUGUAUACCCUAGAAAAUGUCACAAUUCUUUUGGGUGGUUUGUAAAAGAGGUUUCAUUCGAAGCAGGAGAAUCCCACAAAACUUCCAUCUCUUACUUUCAGUCAUUUAUGUUUCAUUUAGCAAAAAAAAAAAAUAUUAAAUCUUAAAAUAAUUAGCCUUUUAUAACAUUAUACAUAUUCCAAAAAAGUAUAAAAAAAACAAA